AUGGACUUUCUAACGUCUCCCGCUGGAAAAUAUAGGCGUCAUAUCAUUGACCUAUAUGCAGACAAAAAAAAAGAAAGGAGAUGGUCUCCAGCUGUGUAUCAGAGCCUUUCUCUGCCUAGCCCAAACCUGAGGGACGUAUCUGCGUUGUGCAGUUAUGCACCUGUACAUCUUCAAAAGCUGGAGCUUCCACACAAAAAAAUCAGAGAUUUGUCCUGCAUAAGCCACAUGCUGAACCUCGUCAUCCUGGACGCUUCUCAUAAUGAAAUCUCCGACUGUUUUGAAUUCCAGCCACCCAGGAAACUACAGGAAGUGAAUUUAUCCUACAACCUUAUGUCAAAAAUGAAGGAUUUGGCAGCCUGUACUUACCUUUGUAAACUGGAUUUGGACUGUAACAGUUUCAGUGAGAUUGCAGGUCUUGAGCGAUGUCGCAGACUCAGAUAUCUCAGUGUGGCAAACAACAGUCUGUCGAGGAUCAGCGGCCUGGACGGACUUCCCCUCACUCACCUCUGCCUUAGAGGGAACCAACUGAGAAGGAUUGAAGGCUUGGAGAACGUGAAGAGCCUGCAAGUUCUGGAUUUGUCUCAGAAUCGCAUCACAAGUCUGUCUGGCCUCGAGAAUCUACACCGACUGGUCUCCGUCAACCUGGAGAACAACCAGAUUCAUGAAAUUCAAGAAUGUAAACAUAUUCAGGAUCUAUCUCUGGUGAAAGAGCUCAGUCUCACGGGAAACCCCGUACAGGAGCAGCCUGAUUACAGACUGGCGGUCAUCUUCCUCCUGCAACAUGUGUCCGUACUGGACCAAGAAAUAGUCACUGCAGAGGAAAAGGUGUCGUCGGUGAACAAGUUUGACCCUCCGAUGGAAGUGGUGGCGGCCGGGGAUCACAUGACCCAGUUAGUGUAUCAGAUGUUGCAGCCCCAGGUCAUUUAUGACAGUACGCCCCCGAGCGUAGAGACGCCCUACCCCAUGCUGGUGCUGACGGGCCCACGGGGCUGCGGGAAGAGAGAGCUGGUUCACCGACUCUGCCAAGAGUUCAGCAAACUCUUCGGUUACGGCAUCUGUCAUACCACGCGGGGGCCGUACCGCGGAGAGGAGGACGGGAUAGAUUACCGCUUUGUGAGUGAGGACGACUUUCAGCAUAUGAUUCACAUGGGUAAGUUUAUCCAGACCAUGCGGUACGAGGGUCAUCAGUUCGGCCUCAGCAGAGAUUCGGUCGAGGGUUUGGCGAGAGACGGACUGGCCUGCUGCACGCACAUGGAGCUGGAGGGCGUGUUGAGUCUGAAGAAGACGUACUUUGAGCCUCAGUACAUCCUGCUCCUCCCCACCCGGGUGGAGACGUAUAAACAGCACCUGGAGAACCGGGGAAUCUACACCCCGCUGCAGAUUGACGUGGCUGUGUCCCGUUUAGACCUCUACGCCGGCAUCAACACGAAGCGUCCAGGAUUCCUUGAUAAGAUCAUACCCUGUGAUGACUGGGAGGACGCCUACCGGACGCUACGGCAGACAGUAAAGGAGUACUUGUUGGUGGACGGAGAUGACGGAGGGAACGACAGCAGAGCAUCUUUUCACAGUCCUGAUCCAGAGAAGAAACCCCCGUCUCAGCGGUCGGGGUCCCGCCCAGGUUCUGCCUGCGUACCCCGUUUCACCAGGACCGAGGAGAAGCCCAGGCCCGAGGAAACCCCUGCUGAGCGCGCCUCUCUCCGGACGCGACAGCAGCUGCUGAGAGAGGCCUUGGCGGGGAUUGGUCCAGGGAUUGGUCCAGGGGUCUACAGCCAGCUCUUCAAACGGUCCCCUGAAACGGGACAACCAUCGCUCCCUAACAAGGAUCCCGGUGGUCUUGGUACCCUCCGUCCUGAGCGUAGCAGGUCACAACAGCAGCACAGAUUCAGUUCGGCUGAAUUUCGCAGCAGCUCCGAUCUGUCCAUUCCCAGUUCAGCCGGGGCCUUACUGGGACCCCUGGAUGUUUCCAUCCUGGGACAGGCCCUGGAAACCCUUAAAGACGAUGUUGCUUCAAGUCGAACAUCUGAGACUCCACACUCAGACAUCGACCACCGUCCCGUCGCUGCGUCUCCGUCUUCCGAGAGACGGCCAGGAUCCGAUGUUAAGGCCGUCUUACCCCCGAUCCCCACCGGUCACAAGAGCCCUGCCCCCCCGAGUCUGGCUCCUUCACCCGGACUCAGCCCGACCCCGCCGGCCGGCCACGGAGGUGCAAACACGGAGGGCUAG